CGUAUUUCUUAUUAAGUAUUUUUUAUUUAGAAAACAUUAAAAAAAAAAUAUCAAUGUUGAAUGAAAUUUUUGAAUAAAUCAAGUUGAUGCAAUAAUUGUAGUGUGAAAAUGGGGGAAAUAUUUGUGGUCAAAGAAUUGAAUUUUGUGUACUCCAGCUGUGAUAAAAAAACCAAGAGUGAGUUUGAUGAUUACUUAUGUAAUUUGUGGGAAAAGGCAAUGUCUGCAGGCUAUUUUUGGUAUAAACUAGAUCAUAUACAGCAACGUUGUUUAGGUGGAACUUACAAUAUUUAUGCACAGUUAAAUGAAAACCGAUUUGCAAACAGAAGACCUCCUCAGUCUGCAACAAAUGUUGUUAUGCCGUUUGACAAUGAAAAAUUUAACUUUACCAAGAUUCAACCUCGAGAGAUAUUAUUUGAGCUUAAAUCUGAAGACAAAGUUGAGAUUGAAAAAAGUGACCUCAUUAUUAUAAAUGUUAGUCCAAUUGACUAUGGACAUGUUCUAUUAGUUCCCGAUUCUAAAUCUGGCAUGCCUCAAGUAAUAAAUCAGUAUGGCAUUGUCAAGGCAACACAACUUUGUUUAUUAUCAACUGAUAAGCGCUUUUGCAUUGGUUAUAAUAGCCUUUGUGCAUUAGCUUCAGUUAAUCAUCAGCAUUUCCAUAUUUUGUUUGUAGACCAUGUUUUGCCGAUAUCUAAAAGUAAAGUUCAAUGCAUUGGCAAAGAAUUAUUUAUACUCAAAGACUACAUGGUAAAUGGACUUGCUUUGCAGCUUACUAAUCAAAAUAUUGAUUUCUUUGUGAGAAACAUUAUAAUAAUAACUGACUUCUUUUGCAAAAACAAUAUUGCCCAUAAUCUGUUCAUGUGCAAAAGUUUAGCUUUUGAUGGCAGCGAUUUGUUGAUGGUGACAGUGUUUUUAUUUCCAAAGGUGCCACUGUUUGGGGAAAAGGAAACAAGGUUAAUGAAUUCAUGCUGCUUUGAUCUCGCAGGAUACAUACUUUUAAAAGAAAAAGAAGAAUUCGACACGAUGACAGAGGAAAAAGUGCUAAAAAUACUUAAUCAGCAAACCUAUCAAAGCGAGCAGUUCCAAGUUAUUUGCAACAAAAUACUAUUGCAAAUGUAGUUAAAGUUCUUGCAGCGAUAUUGCAAAGCCCUUUGCAACGAUAUUGCAAAUGUAAUUUUCUUGAGAUAUACUAUAUGUUGCAAAUUAAUUAUACUUAUAUAGUAAAUUUUUUAAGGCAAAA